UUGGAACUCUAACGGGUCUAUAAACCAAUAGAGCCCCAACUGCGGUGAAAAGGCUGAGAAUGACCGAAUGAUAUUUAGGGCGAGCUCAAGAAUAAUUCAAAACUGAAGACCGUAUUGAAUAACUGCUUGAAGGAUUUUCCUUCCAGAGUAUGGGCAGAAGACGCCACAUUCAGGAGGUACCUUCCAGAAUAUGAGCAGAAGACGCCACAUCCAGGAGGUACCUUCCAGAGUAUGAGCAGAAGACGCCACAUCCAGGAGGUACCUUCCAGAGUAUGAGCAGAAGACGCCACAUCCAGGAGGUACCUUCCAGAGUAUGAGCAGAAGAUGCCACAUCCAGGAGGUACCUUCCAGAAUAUGAGCAGAAGACGCCACAUCCAGGAGGUACCUUCCAGAGUAUGAGCAGAAGACGCCACAUCCAGGAGGUACCUUCCAGAGUAUGAGCAGAAGAUGCCACAUCCAGGAGGUACCUUCCAGAAUAUGAGCAGAAGACGCCACAUCCAGGAGGUACCUUCCAGAGUAUGAGCAGAAGACGCCACAUCCAGGAGGUACCUUCCAGAGUAUGAGCAGAAGACGCCACAUCCAGGAGGUACUGUCUGGUGAUAGUGUAAAGAGAUGGCCAAUCCGCUGCUUUGGAGAGAUCAUUGGCUAGGCCUGGCCUCUGCGCUCCCAUGAAGUCACCGCUGAUCUCAGAAAACGUGCUUUGAGAAUAUCUGGCACUUGACGUUUGUUCUGCUUGUAAGCCUCGUGCAACGUCAUCAUUGAACCAUCUAGUGAUAGACUGUUUGGAUGGACUAGGUCAUAUGGGAAAGAUUCAAAAACUGAUCAGCCUUUCCAGCUUUCUUUGAUCUGAUAAGAUACACGGAAAUUACUGCGAUGAUAUCCAGAAUAUACAAUUGUCCUUCCUUUUCAUUAGCUGGAUGUGGGAAGAGAGAGAUGGACGUACGAUCUCAUGCUUGACAUAAAAAGUGGAAUCUACCUUAGGUAGGAAAGCAGGAUUAGUAAGUAAGACUACCUUGUCUUUAUAGAUGGUCAGAAAAGUCUUUACACCACUCAAUGAGCAGAUGUGAUUGCUAUCGGAUACAAUACCUUAAGUUCAAGCCAUGGGAAGGAGACAUCUUGCAAACGCUCAAAGGAUCAAAAUUGAGAUACCAAAGUGUCAAAAAAAGUUUGAUUUAAGGACGGAUUUGCUUUACCCUCUUGAGAAAAGCCCAAUGAUAAGAUCAUCAGAUGCAAGUCUGCUGUAAGUCUCUUGAUCCGUUCUGGCAGUGAGAGCAAGCCAAUGUGGAUGAAGCCAUCCUGGAGAAGUAUCUGGAAUACUAGCAGAAGCAGACUUAUCUUGUGCAGGAGGGCGCCGCAGGAUGAAUUUAUUUGUUCUUGUUUGGAGAAGCACAUCCAUCACCUUGUCAGAUGUCUGCCUAGCUUCUUAGCAAUGGCCACUCAAUCUCCACACCAUGAGGUGACAUCUGGAUCUAGUCCCUGGUGCAGAAGAUCUGACCUUGAUGGCAGAGGACAAGCCACGGAUGAUGAAAGAGUUCUAUGACCUUUAAUGUUUUUUUUUGUUUUCAACUGGGGGGGCAAGCCCCGAGAAGGAAAUUACAGUACACAUAUUCAAGUGGAAAGUUCAACGGCACUGACAGGAUCUAUUCAUCCCCUGCUGCCGUCCCUGUAAGCGGAGUAGAACUGGUCUAUCUUGGUGUUCCAGGUAUAAGCCAUCAGGUGAAGCCCAAAUCUCUGUACCAGUAGCAGAAGAACUUCUCUGGCUGAAGCCCAUUCUCCCAGAUUGAUACUGGCUGAGAUAACCGGUUAGGGCAGAGGUUCUCAAAUGCCGUCAAGGUACCCCAACGGUCCAGGUUUUAGGUAUAUCCAUGGCUCAGCACAGAUGGAUAAAUCAAAUUCACUGAGGUGCUAAUUAAGUCACCUGUGGCCAAGUAUGGCUAUAACGAAAACCUGGAACGUUGGGGUGCCUUCAGGACCACUUUUGAGAACCUCUUGGUUAGGGUGAUGUCUUCUGCCCAUGACAUGACAGCCAAAACCUCUGACAUCAUGGCCCUGCUCCUGAUGCCUUGUGGCCGGUGUAUGAAAGCAUCAACGGUUUGGUUGUCGGAAGACAUCCUAAGACGGUUUUGUCAACAAAAGGGCCAGAAAAUGUUGACCUGCAUGCCACGCGGCCCUCAUCUCCGGAGUGUUUGCUGGCAGCUGCCUUAGUCUCUGGAGCCACAUGCCCUGUAUGACUUCUGUAAUGAGAAGACAGUUCCAACGUAUGGAGAUAGAGUGUGUUUGGGCAUAAUAUAUUCCGUCUCCGAGACACGCCACCAUCCUGAUCUUGCUGUCUGUAGAGCGACCCCAUGGUGACCGUUGUAAGUCAGAUGUCCUGAUCUAAAAGAAAUUCAACUGCAGUCCCACUGAGUACUUACUUGCUCCUUAGCAAUACUGGCCCAGGGUUGUAAAGUGCAAUGGGGGUGCUUGGUGACCCAAUUUGAUGUAAGGUCGGGGCACGAGAAAACUUCUGGAUUAUAGAUGGAGAAAAAAAGGAUGGGGGUGAAAGCUCUGCAGUGUUUUCGCUGGUACGGACGGAGGAAAGAACGGAAAAGAAGCAAAAGUCAGGAAGAGACGCCAGCCGUCUCCCCGCAGCAGGAGAAGCCCAGACUACUCUCUACUAAUUCAGUGAGCAGCGACACAGACGGCCGGGCCUACUUCAGUGGGAAAGCCAGAGUCUCCUUCCGCCACGAGAUGGACUCCACCAUGAACGCUCACGACUCCACCUACUGACCAGCAGGGGGAACUACAGCUGCCACCUCCCCCUAGCUAUGGAGAUUCCCAUUCACCACCAGACACGAGGCUUUGCGAUGCUCUGCGCGAGCCGUCCUCACUGUACUAUAUUGGGCACCAAUAAGGAGUGCGUGAAGGGCACAGAAAAGCCGGGCAUACAUGAGAGACACUGGAUAAUAGGAGGUCGGCACCAUGCAGAGCCACGUAUACAAGACGCAGCACCAAAUCCUUCUCACACUGCUUAUAGCUUGGCUUUCCUCUAACCCUCCACUCUCAGGACUGGACACAUUGCUGCAGUACUAAUCCGCUCUCCGCCUGCACAGGCGGAGGACGUCCAGCUGCCCAAACCUCCACAGCCUCUUGUGCGAAGCCCGACCACGUACGUUUCUGCAACCAGAAAGCAUGCAAAGCGGGGCGACAGUGACAUCCGCUGGAGAGAUUGGGUAUUGCAGCAUGUGAACUCGUUACAUGUCAGGACUGGUUAGAAUAAGGAGGGCGUGAAGGGCACAGAAAAGCCGGCCAUACAUGAAAGACACCGAUAAUAGGAGGACGUCCAGCUGCCCAAACCUACAUAGCCUCUUGUGCGAAGCCCGACCACGUACGUUUCUGCAGCCAGAGUGCAUGCAAAGCGGGGUGACAGUGACAUCCGCUGGAGAGAUUGGGUAUUGCAGCAUGUGAACUCGUUACAUGUCAGGACUGGUUAGAAUAAGGAUUCUAUUAAUUUGUUGUUGUUACAAUUCAGAUGGUUACAGCCGUAUACCUCUAGUGACCAUUACGUCUUACCUCCGCUAGUGUGAGUACAACUCCCAGCAUUCCCUGGCUUAGCGGAGCAUGAGGUUUGCAGAAGUAAUACGUAACUGCUCUAAAGCAGGCGUAUCCAGAUAUCCGAACCUACAGGGUGUACUCUUUUUAUAUUGUUACAGACACGGGUGUAAUUAGGAUGUGUAGAUAUUUACCUAUAACACGGGGAUUUAUUGGAUUAUGUACAUUUGGAGAUUUGACACUUGAUUCAUUAAAACUUUUAAAACUCAAA